CUUUGUGCUCGGAGAGGUUAGCCGCGUUGGUCUGACGCUUUUGUGCUUCAGCUUCACAGAACUCGAUAACUCGUCGGCGUCUUUGUGUGCGUGACUUUUUCCCCCCGCCACCUACUCCCAGACGAGAGAGGGACUCGCGAGCCUGCAGACGCGGCGCCCAACUAGAUGUUCAUUCAUUUUUGAAGCGGUGUCGAGUUUGCUAGCUGGUUAGCUCGGCCGGCUAACUUAUUUACGCGUGUCGUCCCGGGGAAGGAGCAAGCCGCAGCCCUCAUGAGCGCCACCUGGUAGACCAUAGAGAGUUCCGGGUGUGUCGUUUCACACCGUUAGUUUCCCCCGCGCUCGACUGCUGCUGUAUUCCGGUUGCGUCGCCCGGCUAGCGGCGGUAAACUCGAGCGGCGGUCGACGUCUCCAACUCGUGCGCAUCGUCCCAGUGUUCGCCGCUAGCUCCAGCUCCAUCGGCCGCUUCGCCCUGGACCAGUGCGCAGGCUCGCAGGAGACCAUGUCGGAGCUGUACAUUCGCGUGGCCGAGGACGAGGCCGAGGAGCCCAUGGAGAUCCCCUCGGAGGACGACGGGACCAUCCUGCUGUCCUCGGUGGCGGCGCAGUUCCCGGGGGCGUGCGGGCUGCGCUACCGGAACCCGGAGUCCCAGUGCAUGAGGGGAGUCCGGCUCGUGGAGGGGGUCCUGCACGCGCCGGAGAACGAGUGGGGGAACCUGGUCUACGUCGUCAACUACCCCAAAGAUAACAAAAGGAAGAUGGAAGAAAUGGAUGCUGCCUCCGCUGUGAAAGUCAAGAGGGGCUUCCAGAAGACAUCAGACCUCAUUGUCCUCGGGCUGCCAUGGAAAACAUCCGAGCAGGACCUGAAGGAGUACUUCGCCACCUUCGGGGAGGUCAUCAUGGUGCAGGUCAAGAGAGAUGCGAAAACUGGCAACUCAAAGGGUUUUGGAUUCGUCCGGUUCACCGACUACGAGACUCAAACUAAAGUCGUCGCUCAGAGGCACAUGAUUGAUGGACGGUGGUGUGAUUGCAAACUCCCCAACUCAAAAGCGGGUCCUGAUGAGCCCAUGCGGAGCCGUAAAAUCUUUGUCGGCCGCUGUACAGAGGACAUAACACCUGAUGACCUGAGGCAGUUCUUCAUGCAGUAUGGUGAAGUCACCGAUGUCUUCAUCCCCAAACCGUUCCGGGCUUUCGCAUUUGUCACGUUCGCUGAUGACCAGGUCGCCCAAGCCCUGUGUGGAGAGGACCUGAUCAUCAAGGGUGUCAGCGUGCACAUCUCUAAUGCUGAGCCCAAACACAACAACAGUAGGCAAAUGAUGGAUCGAGGGCGGUUUGGGGCUGGUGGGUUCAGUCAGGGCUAUGGCAGUAGUCGCGGUGGGCUAGGCAGCGGUAGCAGUGGGGUUAACUUUGGGGCUCUCGGUCUUAACCCGGCAAUGGUGGCUGCUGCCCAGGCAGCUCUGCAGAGCAGUUGGGGAAUGAUGGGCAUGCUGGCUAACCAGCAGGGCCUGACCACAACGGCGGGCACAGCCACCACAACCCGAGACCCGACCUAUAGCUCUGCCGGCACCAGUUACAGCAGCCCCAGCUCAGCUAGUCUCGGCUGGGCUGCAGGCACUAACACCGCCCCCAACAGUGGCUUCAGCUCUGGCUUUGGCACAUCUAUGGAGUCUAAAUCUUCUAGUUGGGGAAUGUAGAUAGCUUUGAGUUAACCUUUUUUGUUGCUAUUAGGCUAAUCUGGUAAGUAUACCUACAUGGGGGGGAGGGGGGAGGGGGGGGGGGGGCUGCUUAUAUCUUCUUUUUUUCCCCAGUUAUUUAAAAAUACACUGCCUUUUUAUUUUGGUAAAGAGAAAAUUGUUCUUGCAUGUGACUAAUGAUGUAGUCAUGCACUGAAUGGGUGAAGAGUUUAGUUUGUCAGAUGAAACUGCCACUUGGUUUUGAGAAAAUGUCAUGUCGAGAUGAUUGUGCAUGCAGGAUAAAUAUUUAAACAUGCACCAGUAUCUCAUGCUCCUCAGCCCCUUGUAAGAUGGGCUUGCUAUAAUUAUCUGUAUCUGUAAACAGUUGAUUGUAUCUUUUUGUUUUUUUGUUUUUCUGUUGGAAACGCCUUCAUGAAAAUCUCUUCUGCAGUUCACCAACUCUUUCCCAAUUUCCCGGGAGGAAGCGCCUCAUUGGCAGCAAUGUUCGACAGAUCUCAGUAUCAGUUCCCCUCCUCCCAUGUGUAAAUGCUUUGUCAUCAAAGAACACAGCUUCACCCUGCAUAAUCUGUAUUAGACGGUGGGUGUUCUUUUUUUUCCUCUCCCCAUUUUAUUGGAUAUAGAAACCUUGUCUGCUCUUGUCGCUUUUCAAGAUCAAUGAGUGGGAUUGAUGUUGGACCGAGUGAGAGUGAGCGAACGAACGGGCGAGCAAAAUGAAAGGAAGCAAGUGUGAGGAGGACUGUUUGUGCAAAGUUUUUUUUUCUUUUUUUCCCCCGUUUUUAAGACAAAUGCCUGCGAGAGUUGAGAAGAACCUGUGGCGUGCGAGUGUGAGAGGAAGAAGCAAGUACGAGUGUGCAUCACAAGGACAUUUAUUGCGUCUUGAGAUCCCUAUGGUCUCUGCUUUUUUUGUUUUCUAUCAACCAUAAUUCUUUAAAGCGCAGUGAAAUGUCAAGUGGUAUGAGUCUGUGUAUUCUUUCUUAGCUCUCUCCUGUCUGAUUUGAUGUGAGUGCUGUCUGGUUGUGUGUUUUAAUUUUCUCCUUGUUACCACCCUUCUCUGUGUGAACAUGUGACUCUGUGCUCGUGAAGUCUGUGUGAGGGGAAAAAACUGAAAGUGUGUUGGAGGUUUGCAAGUGAGCUCAGAGGCUGAUGUGGUGAUUGUUUGACAAGUUUCCAUCGACAGUUUGUGUUUGAAGUGGUUACGAAUGCAUUUUCUAUGUUUUGUGAAUCAAAGGGAAGUCUGAAAUAAAAACUGAAUUUGGCUAGGUAUAA